AGUCCUGGGUGAAACCCCCCUCCUCCUUGCGCGACACAAUGGACGACGCCUGGAGGUGGGAUCGAGAGGGAUUUGCCUCCGACGGGGGAGGGAACCAAAGUUUCCCCCAUUUUUUGUUUUUUGAACGAGCCGUGGAAGCAGGGAAGAAAGGGGGGGGGAAAGGGUGUAGGAGUUCCCCGAGAAAGUCCGCUCCAAAGUGGAGAGCCGAGUGUCCACUUCCACGGCGAGCUAACGUGACAAAGUAGCUCACUUUACACCUUUUCUUUUGGACAAAAACAGAAGUUGGAAGAAAGAAACCGGUUUUCUCUGCCAAGUGUUCGUUAAUAGUGGAGUCCUCCAGCCGCUGACAGCACCAACCGUCCCGCAGAAGACGACCUUCCAACCGGCUCUCUCCUCGCAACCCCAGCAGCUGAGAUGGACCUCAGAUAACCUCGCCUGGCCAGUCUUCGUCCCGGUCUUCUUCUGGACCCGAACCAGACCCAGGAUGGCAGAUCCCACCGGCCUGAGCCCUGAGGCGGCGGGGGCCGGCGUGGCCGAGGUGGACGCCUGUAGCUUGGAGUUAGAGAGGAAGUAUGACAUCAUCCCCGCUGUCAUCUGCUCCAUGUGUUGUCUCUUUGGCAUCAUCUACUGCUUCUUUGGUUAUCGCUGUUUCAAGGCGGUCAUGUUCCUGUCGGGUCUGAUGUUUGGCUCGGUCAUCAUCUUCCUGCUGUGCCACAAGGAGCAUGUGCUGGACACACAGCUCAGCGUGGAGGCCAGCGCGGGCAUCGGCCUGGGCAUCGGUCUGCUGUGCGGCCUGGUGACCAUGCUGGUGCGCAGUGUGGGCCUCUUCAUGACGGGCCUCCUGCUGGGGCUCCUGCUGGCUCUGGCCGCUCUGCUGCUCACCCAGCAGUUCUACACGCCUGUCACCUUGUGGGUGCCCCUGGGGGCGCUGCUGGGAUCCGGCAUGCUGUUCGCCGUGCUGACUCUGCAAUGGCAGAAGCUCUUCACGGUCGUCUCCACGGCGGUGUUCGGCGCCGCCAUCAUGACGGUUUGCGCCGACUACUUCGUGGAGAUGCUGGCGUUGGCCACGCACGCGUACGAGUGCCUGCGCCUUACUCCUGGGCCGCCUCUCUGCUGGUACAGCUGGGUCAUCCUCGGCAUCUGGCCCGCCCUCAGCCUGGUGGGGGUCCUGGUGCAGUGGAAACUGACGCAAGACAGCUUCUCCCACACGGAGGUUGUGUUGAGUCGGCGCCAGAAGAGAGUGCAGCUGAUGCGCAUUCGCCAGAAGGACGGCAAGAAGCGCCAGCAGGCAGGUGGGCAGGAAGGCACGUACCGCCGUAAAGCCACCCCACUCAAACGUUACGCUGGGGACCUUCUGGCACCGAGCUACCUCCAAAGUCUACGGGACAGACAAAUGAGCACCGGCACUUCCCUUAGCAGCCAGAGCACAUCCAACCAGACCACCGUGGACCUGGACUGUGACAGCGCCUCCACCGUGCCCCUCACCGCCACAAGGCCCAUGGUCCGGGUCUGAGAGCCUCUCUCAAAACCCAGGACAGGGACAAUGGUCUUGGUAAAGAACAUGUGAGCUACUUUCUGCCCUCGUUAGUCCACCUUUCUAGCAGUGUUCUACUCCCUGUCAGGUUUUUACUGGUUGGAGGACCAUUUGGCUUCUUCAGUGAAAAAUGUCCCAAGCAUACAAAGUUCUUCUCUAGCAGAACUCAGAUUCUGUGAAGGAGUUUUAUAAUUUAUUUGUCAUACAUGGUAGUGAUGAAGACUGUAAAUACAUGAAUGAAAUAUGUCUUUCAUACUUAUCACUGCUUGCUUUGUUUUUGCUGCGUGGUCUCCUAGCAACCGGACCUCACUCGGGCAAUAAGCAGGUCACUGCAAGGAUUUCCUAUUCUGGACUUGAAGUUUUGUUCUUCUUGCUCACCCAAGGCAGGACAAAACCUCCUUUCAUGAGCACUCUUUAAUGAGCCACACUUUUCUCUCUUGUUUUUCUGCUGCUUUGGUUUGAUUGUGCAGAACAUCUAAGAGGUGGUCAGUCUAAACACUCUCUAGCAGACAUAUUUAUCCCAUGGAGCGCACUUUUCUCACACUUUUUGCUCAUUUUCAUCGCAUUUACAGUGAAAUUGUUGACCCUAAAUGUUACAACUCAACUUCAGUGUUAAAUCUACAAAGCCCAAAACCAAAGAAGUUGGCAUG